CUGCCGUUUUGGUGCCUUUCCUCUUCGUCUUGGGUAUUUCGUUUUCACUAAUGCUGUGUCUUGGAGUCACCUAUUAGUGCUAUCACUGAGUUAUCAUAUGUUGGUUCCAUUAUUGGAGUUGUCGUAUGCUGGUGUCAUCGUAUUUUGA